AUUAGCAAGGUCCGUGUUACUUAGUGAAACGUAAUUUCCUGUCUUAGGUCAUUUAUAAAACCAGAGAGGUUGCCCAACGUAAUAUUUCACCACAAUGAUCUUUUGGGUGGUACUCCUGGUUUUAACGGUGGUGGCUUUUGCUUCGGGAAGCGAUGAGGUCAACGUAACAUGUGAUGGUGGUUCUGUCACCCUGACUUGGACGUUGAGCGCGUCCCUGGACGCCCAUCCUUCACGGAUUUUCCUCGGUAACUGCCACCCUUCCAGUUACUCAAACCAUACUGGCCGAGGAGUGGCGACAUUCAACGUUUUAUUGAAGGAUUGCCGAUUCAAGCGUUUGGUAACUGGAGACCACUUGAUUUACAAGAAUAGGCUUGCUUACAGACCUUUAGCAAAGCCUAACCCACCUGAAAUAUUUCACGAGGUUCUCUGUGUUUUCGAUAGGCCUGAUAAUUGGAUACCGCCCCUCUUCAGCUCAUCUCAUGGGGCUGUCCAUGGGUAUGGGGGCCUGCACUUCUAUAUUGGGAUUAUGAAUGAUGACUUCAGUGGCCCGGCUCGGUCAGCUUCCUUUCCUGUGGGUUCCCAGAUACCCAUCUGGGCUGCAGUUGACCAACAGGCCCAUAUGCCCCUCAUGUUGUUUCUUCAGGAGUGUGUGGCUGCCACAGUGCCUGAAAUGGGCACCUCACACCAGGUCUACCCACUGAUUACCAAUGGCGGGUGCCUAGUGGACAGUAAGGAGAGCACAUCAAAAUUUCACCGUAGACACAGGACAUCUGAAAUGUUUCUGUCUCUGCAAGCCUUUGACUUUGGUGUUGGGGAAGAUGUGUACAUCCACUGCAAGAUUGCAGUUUGGGACCCAAAACAUUUGAACAGGCAGAUGAAAGCCUGCAACUAUGUCAAAAAGCUUGACCGAUGGGAGCUUCUGGAUGAUCCAUCCAGGAACUCGCUUUGCAGCUGUUGCAACACCCAGUGCCACUAUCGAAAGAGCAGGGCUGCCGAACUUGAUUCACAGGGGCUGAUCCAAAAUGCUGUUCUUGGACCAAUUACCAUUGUUGAUGUGCAACAUUAGUCUGGCAAAAUGACCAGGGAGCAGUGGUGAGUUGUGUGGGGGGCCGUUUCAGAAGAAGUGAAGCUUCUGAAAUUCUGUGUGCCAAAAUGUUUUUGUACAGCAGUUUGCUUUAAUUUUAAAAUAAAAUUUGAAGCUGAA